UUUCAAACAUUUACGGCGUGUACAAGCAGACAGCAAUGUCGCCGCGCGUUGCCAUCAAUUUCCCCCAACAGAAAGAGUAAAUGUUUUUGUUUUGUCAGUUCGAAUUUGAGCGUCGUUGCAACAAGUUGCAGAUCGAAACGAUAUUUUGGGGCAAGCGCGUUAAAGAAGCUAUUGUGUGGCGCGCUUGAUGUAAAUGAGUUGAGUGUGGUGAAAAUUGAUAAAUGAAUAACAAAAACUAGAAAAUACCCCCUCAGUUAAUUUUUGGUAAACAAAAGUAAGAUUUUCUCUGUGAAAAGCCCAAAAAGAAAAGAAAGAAAAUAAAAUGUGUGUCGAAUAGAUAGUUGUGGAUAAGGUCACAAGCAACUUUCCAUGCUAUACAAAACAGCCGGCCAUUGAACUUGAAGAGAAAAACGGGCUGGAUAUAUGUUUUCCCAACUGCCCCCUAAACAAUGCUAUGCCUGUAAAAAGUGUGGAUUUGAAAAUAUGCCAUUCAUUGGCAAUUGAUAAGGAAUGCCAGGCAUGAAAUUACAAAAAUAAUUACAAACGCCAAGUUUACAAGCAAAACGAAUCAUUGGAAUAAAUGUAUGAAGUCUGUUCGAAACAAAAAUAGAUCAACACUAGAAAUGGGAGCGAUGCAGUUCAUACCUUUAUGUGGAAUAUACUCAAAUGUUACCAAUCAAGAAUAAAAUGAAAUAUUGAUAUUGAGAAAUAGAGAAUUACUCAAGAGAAAGAACGUGAUUGUAACCAGUACAAGAAAAAGGAUACUUGUUCCCAGAGAGAAUUUCUCAUCACUUUACAUUUACAUAGUGUUUGAGAAAAAGAGAAAUACACCAUCUCGGCAACAGCACGCCACAGCCAAUAGAGCACAUGCAAAAACUUCUAAAACUAGCGGCAACAUUUCCUUAAUAUUGGUUAAGAAACUUAACGUUGGAUGAAAUAUCUAUUCAGUUGCCAUCAAACUUGCAACCAACUGCCACUGGCGGAUAUUAAAUCAAAACGGCAGCAACACCAUCAACACACCAUCACGUACCGUAUUGAAAUUGCACAGAGAUCACCAGAAUGGAUACCAUGGACACAGGGGGCUAUAGUUUCGGCAUGGAUGAUAGCUACAAAUCGAACAGUGGCUCAUCUCUCAACUACAGCACCGAUAUCAAUGCCAUUAGUGUUGAUUUGCCAGCUCAAUCCGAUGAUGGUAUCUCAUCAUGCAGUGGCGGCCUGAAAUAUCUGCCGCGAUGGCCAGCAGUUAAUUUGGAAUUUCGCAAUUUGUCAUAUAGUGUUCCCGAUAUUGAUCGAGGCAAAAAAACAAUUUUACACAACAUUAGCGGAGAAUUUAGAUCACACGAGCUAACCGCCAUAAUGGGUCCUUCAGGAGCUGGAAAAACAACGUUACUUAAUUUAUUGGCUGGAUUUGGAAUAUCCACUUAUACGGGCGACAUCAAUAUCAAUCGGAAUCCUCGAGAUUUGCGCCUAUUUCGCAAAAUGUCACGCUACAUAAUGCAACAGGAUAUUGUCGAUCCAUAUUUCACUGUCAUGGAAUCCAUGAUGUUGGCAGCCAAUUUAAAAUUAGGCAAUGAAUUGACAAAACAACAGAAGCUAGAAAUCAUCGAUGAAAUUCUAAGCAUGUUGCGGUUGGAGAAAACAGCGAAUACAGCAACCGAACGUUUGUCAGGUGGAGAGCGUAAACGGCUUUGUGUAGCAAUGGAAUUAGUUAAUAAUCCACCGGUACUGUUCCUAGAUGAGCCUACAACUGGCUUAGAUGAUCUCUCCAGUUCCCAGUGCAUAACUUUACUACGCCGUUUAGCCCAUGCUGGGCGCACCAUUAUCUGUUCCAUACACACACCUCCUGCCAAACUAUUCCAGAUGUUCGAUAAGGUCUACAUUUUAGCCGAAGGCCAAUGUGUUUAUCAAGGCAGUGUGGGGAACAUCGUGCCAUAUCUAAAACAAAUUGGACCAACUUGCCCGCUCACCUACAAUCCAGCAGAUUUUAUUAUCGAAGUAUCUUGCCGAGAGUAUGGUGAUUAUAACAAUGAAAUGAUAAAAGCAGUUGACAAUGGCAAAGUAUAUCGUUGGCUUCCUGACUGUGACUGCAAAUCAUCCUCACCCACAAAAUCGAAUACCACCUCGGGUGCUUCAUCGGGAGCCUCGUCCAUGAAUGAAUUGGAACAAUUUGAAAUGGAGAUCGAUAAGAAAGCGCUGAAGUCGAAAUGUACUUGGUGGAUGGAAUAUAAAAUACUGCUGGGGCGUAUGUUUACCAAAAUGUGGCGUGAAAAGUCCUACAUAAAGCUGCGUUUCUAUAUGAACAUAAUUUUGGGUCUCAUUGUGGGUGGCAUUUACAUAGGAGUAGGUAAUGAUGCCAGCAAGGCGCUGUUCAAUUUUGGAUUUGCUUUUACAAUUGUGAUAGCCUAUUUGUAUUUGCCGCUGAUGCCAGUGCUGGCACAAUUUCCCAGUGAAAUGAAGUUACUUAAGAGAGAGUAUUUUAAUCAGUGGUACAAGCUUAACUCGUACUACAUGGCUAUGAUUACCUCUAGGUUUCCCUACAUGUUGCUAUUGGCCUUUAUCUACUUAACAAUGGUCUAUCUGAUGUCAAAUCAACCAUUGGAACUAUUUCGCUUUGCCAUGUUAUUUCUAAUAGCCAUACUAACAGCUCAGAUCUCUGAUAGUUUGGGCAUGCUGAUAUCAUCACGCCUAAGUUUGGUGAAUGCCCAGUUUGUGGGCCCAGUGGUUGCAGUGCCUCUCAUACUCUUGUCCUGCCAUGGCAUUGGCUAUGGCCGGGAAAUAAAACCCUUCAUGCGUUUUAUCAUGAAUUUCAGUUAUCUACGCCACAGCAUGGAAGGUCUAGUGGAGACCUUGUAUGGCUAUAAUCGUGCCGAUACCAUAUGCCCUGACACAGAACUACUGUGUCUCUUCAAGAAUGCCAAGUUCCUGCGUGAAAAUUUGGGUUUCGAGAAUCUCAACUAUUGGUACUCCAUAUCCUUCCUUACCUUCUAUUAUGUCCUGUGCACCUUCAUGGCCUAUGUACUCAUCAAACAUCGUUUAUCCGCCUCGAAUGGUAAAACGAAUCGCUUGUUCCAAUACAUCAAUCAAAUCUUGGUCAAAUAUUUCAAUUUCACCACAUACAAAUAUUGAAUAUGAGUCUAUUGUUCAAAGGAGGAAAACUUUUUUGUAUAACGUGUAGCCCUAAGUAGGUUUAGUGUUGGGAUAGUUUUAUUCUUUAUUGAAUGUAUUUUAUAAUGCCAAAAAAUCUAAACUUAAAAUCUGUGUCUUUGGGGGUAUUAGUAUCAACUUAAUGUACUUUUUUUGUUCUUAAGACAUCUACAUUUGCCUGUACGUGAUAUUAGCUAUAAAAUGAGAACUAUUUUUAUAUGUCUUUUAUACCGAAAAUAAAAAACUAAACAAAACA